AUGCAAUCGUGUGGCCGGUCGCAAGCCUAUGCGAUUACCUUAGUUCGUAAGGAGCAGAAUCCGCAACUGCCACCCCCACCAUUCCACCCGCCCCGCCUGGGCCAGGUAUCCACGUGCAGAGCUUGUCUAUCGAUCGAGGCUCAAUUUCAACGACAUUCCAUGCCUUACAGUAUCUUCUACUUUGAAAAGGAUCCUGCCACGCCAUGGUCUCUCCGGAAAUCGAUCACCCGCACACUGCGCAGGCAAGCGAAGCGACACUAUCCACAUUCCUCGGGACAAUCCUCCACGAUAACACUCACUGGGCCUUCCGACGAGUCUUCGAUGCGCUGCAGGUCUAGUGCACCAUAA